AUGUCGACGGGUGCGUAUGAAGAAGAGAAAGGAACAGAUGAACCUGAUUGUGCAACCAUAGAUCACGGUCUUGGACGACUUCAGUUCCAAGUAUUUUAUGAUUUUACAGAACAAACUUUAGUUGUUAAAAUAUUCAAAGCAGUCAGUCUUCCAGCAAAAGAUUUCAGUGGCACAAGUGAUCCAUUUGUAAAAAUUAUGUUGUUACCAGAUAAAAAACGCAAACUAGAAACGAAGGUCAAGCGGAAGAAACUUAAUCCGAUAUGGAAUGAAAUGUUUCUUUUUGAAAAAUUUCCUUAUAAUAAAUUACAAGAACGAGUUUUACAUUUACAAAUAUUGGAUUAUGACCGAUUCAGUCGAAAUGAUCCUAUCGGUGAGGUCAAUCUACCAUUGGCUGAGCUUGACCUUACCAAUCCAACAACAUACUGGAAAAAUCUGGUUCCUUGUAAAGGGUCAAAGCAAUCAUCAGGUGAGCUGUUACUAUCGUUGUGUUAUGCACCAACUGCAGGGCGGAUUACCAUCGUAGUGUUGAAGUGUAGAGACUUAAAAGCAAUGGAUCUCACAGGAAAAUCAGAUCCAUAUGUGAAAAUUUGGUUAAUGUAUAAAGGAAGAAGAAUUGAAAAGAAGAAAACUCGCAUCAAACACCGUGACCUGAACCCAAUAUUCAACGAGUCAUUUAUUUUCAACAUCACAGUGGACAAGCUCAUGGAUACAACCUUUUAUGUGACCGUCAUGGACAAAGAUCGGCUUAGUCGAAACGAGACUAUUGGCGGCGUUAUCCUGGGGCCGAAGAGUGGCCCGAAGGAAGAGAAGCAUUGGAGUGAUAUGCUCGCGAAACCUCGUGUUCCUGUCGCGGAGUGGCACCAUCUGAAAGAGAUACCAUCUCCAUGA